AACAACCAACCAGCUCCCUAUUUCUAUGUAACAGUUCAGGUGUUGGUUACACCCCAAAUAAAACGUAUGUCUCGUGGACAGCUAAUUACAACCAUUCAGCAUGAAGACUUAAGCGGACACCGCCUAAAUCUGCACAGGCUUAAACUUUGCAGAUAUGAACCAAGAUGAGGACAUGGCAUUGUCACACGAUGGCCGCUUCCUGCCUGGCCACCAUUGCUGUCGUCACCUGCAUCGGCCUCUGGCUGACGUCGUAUAUUUACGUUAAAGCAGUACACCAGGAAAUAGUUACAAAUAGUUUCGUGAGGCGACUUUCAACAUCUCACACUAUUGUUGUAGGGCGGUCACCGAAGAUUCUGUGCUGGGUCCUAACGGAACAACAUAACCUGGGAAAUAAAGCUACUGCAGUUCGCGACACCUGGUCACGCAGGUGUGAUAAAUUCCUGUUUUUCAGCUCGAAGACAAACACAACUUUCCCGACGAUUGGCCUGGACGUCCCUAAAGGUCGAGCUCACCUGACCACCAAAGUCCUCUUGGCUUUCUCUUAUUGCUUCAAACUCUACGGGAAGGAAUUUGAUUGGUUUCUGAAGGCAGACGACGACACGUACGUCAUCGUGGAGAACCUUCGUCUGCUGGUCCAGUCACGUGACCCGGAAGAGGCGGUCUACUUUGGUUACAGAUUCAAACCGUACACCCCACAAGGGUACAUGUCAGGUGGCGCUGGGUACUUGUUAAGUCGAGAAUCCCUGAAGAGGCUGGUACUAGACGGUUUACUGGGUCAUGCAUGCGAAACUUUUUGGAGCAUAGAGGACCUUGACAUUGGCAGAUGUUUGAGCAGUGUCGGAGUGAAGGCAAUGGAUUCGUUAGACCUUGAUGGCAAAGAAAGGUUUCACCCACUUAGCCUGGACUCUUACUUCGGUAGCCACGAUCUUCCCAACUGGGUAUACACGUACGCCUAUCAUCCAAUACUGAGGCACUAUGACUGCUGCAGUAACCUGACCAUCUCCUUCCAUUAUAUCAGACCACAUCUUAUGUACAUCCUGGACUACCUUAUAUACCGACUCAGGCAUUGACCAAAUAGUCUAUAAUAAAUAUAGACCACAUUUUAUGUACAUUCUUGACUACCUUAUAUACCGAUUAAGGCGAUGACCACAUAGGCCAUGCCAAAUACAGACCACAUCAUAUGUACGUUCUUGACUACCCUAUAUACCGAUCAAAGCACUGACCACAUAGACUAUUACAAAUACAGACCACAUCAAAUAUACAUUCUUGACUACCUUAUAAACCGACUAAGGCACUGACCACAUAGGCCAUACCAAAUACAAACCACAUCAUAUGUACAUUCUUCACUACCUUAUAUACCAACUAAGGCACUGACCACAUAGACAAAAGUAUGUACCAAUAUAUUAAACACAUAGUACAGUUUCACAUGUUUCCAAUGUUCUGGCUAUUUCAUGGAAUAUCAAAAGUUUCGAAUGUAUUGACUUCUUCUUGUUCAUCUUCUUCGUGCUCACUUCAGUCGAUUCUCCAUAGAGUUUUUUUUUUUGCUCUAUAGAGGGGUGGGGGGGGGGCAGGUUGGGACCAGAGUCUUGUUCAAUUCUCUCGUUAGAGUAUACACCCUUAAAGGUCUUGGUUGGCAUAUUCUGGUGAUACUCCCCACAAGGGCAAUUGUCACUACUCCCAACUUUAAGCUUCCGAAAGUCUGAUUCUGAAGUGUUCGGUUCUGAGGACAAAAAUAAUGCGUUGUUAAUGUUGGAACAUCUUGAUUAGACGUCGUUUGUCUUGCUUUGUGAGCACUCUGACUCUCGCCUCACCGUGGAACAUAUCCUCAUUGACUGAUACCAGCAUGUCAGGGAGAAAUUGUUUUAGAGCACACACCUUUAAAACACUAUUCGACAAUGUCGACCUUGGGAAGGUACUGGACUUUGUCCUGGAGUUGGGGCUGUCUACGAAGAUUUGAUUUUUGAAUUGUGAACAUAUAAUAUUUAUAUAAGAUUUUUACCAAAUUAUUAAAUUUUUACUACCCUUACUAUUUUAACUGUGAAUAGACCUUGAUUUUAAUGAUUUAACUGUAUAGACUUUAGCCCUCUUGUUAUGUAAAGGGAGAAUGAUCCUUAAAGGAUUACGGGCAAAAAUUGUGCCGAUGUGCCUAAACUCAAAGCCCAAACUCAAACUCGUUUGUCUUGGAAUUUGUUUAUUCUACUCUAAUUUUCUUUAUUUCUACUUGGUAGAUACUGUUUUUUCAAUGCCUUCUAUUUCACUUUGUGAUGGAAUCCAUUGAAGAACAGUUUCCUUGCUGUUGAUGUCAAGGUUGACGAGCUGUCCUGGGUCGCUUUAUCCGAGUUUUUCAUGCUCCAAAAGUCUGUCUCGGCAUCGGUCAUUAAGACAAAUUGGCUGUUUAUUUGUGUAGUUUACUAGUUUUGUAUCUGCUAGUUCAAGUGCUAACCUUUCUAGACUGUAGCUGUCUGAUAGAUCGCCAGCAAUUGACUUUUCAAGUCUUUCUACUUUGGGGAUUUCGAUUAUUAUGCCAGCUUAUCCGUUUGUAUUUGAUUCCUGAGAGAGUUCGUCUGUGUAAACUUUGACCUAUUGUUGCUGACAUCUGUUUGGUUGUAGUCAUAUUUAUACUAACGGCAUCAUGGAAUAUCAAACCUAUUGUUUUCACUGUAAUGACAACAUGGCGGAGUAUCAAAUGUAUUGCUCUCAAUAUAAAGUUGGCAAAUCAAAGGUAUAUUUGCCGACUAUACAUCAGAGUAUUGUUAUAUAAUCCAUUAUUGAUUCCUGAUUUUUCUAAUGAUAAUUAGCUAUACUCAAAUUACAUGAUUGAUCUUGAGAUUAUUAUGAGUUGCAAUUUUGUUAUUGACUUAAUUUAUAGAAACAUGUAUUGUACAUACAAUGUCAUUACUGAUUCACUACACAAAAUGUCAGCAUGUGAACACAGUGGUAUCGUCGAAAGAAUGUAAUUUCGAAAUAUUAAUUUAUUUUGAAUAAAAAUGAAUACAUUUUAUAGAA